AUGGCUGCCACCGACACCAUCCUCCAGGGCGUCUCGGUCAACGGCAAGGUUGGCGAGACUCACCGCAAGAUCCUGACGCCCCCGGCGCUUGCGUUCCUUGCCCUCCUGCACCGCUCCUUCAACGGCACCCGCAAGCAGCUGCUGGAGCGUCGCAAGAUCCGCCAGGCCGAGAUUGACCGCGGCGUCUUGCCCGACUUCCUGCCCGAGACGAAGCACAUUCGUGAGAAUCCGACCUGGAAGGGAGCGCCGCCGGCGCCGGGCCUGGUUGAUCGCCGCGUCGAGAUUACCGGGCCUACCGACCGGAAGAUGGUUGUGAAUGCCUUGAAUGCCGAUGUGUAUACGUAUAUGGCUGAUUUUGAGGACUCCAGCGCCCCGACAUGGGAAAACAUGAUCAAUGGCCAGGUCAACCUGUACGACGCCAACCGCCGCCAGGUCGACUUCAAGCAGGGCCAGAAGGAGUACAAGCUCCGCACCGACAGGAAGCUGCCGACGCUCAUCGUGCGCCCUCGCGGCUGGCACCUCGACGAGAAGCACGUCACCGUCGACGGCGAGCCCGUCUCGGGCGGCCUCUUCGACUUUGGCCUGUACUUCUUCCACAAUGCCGUCGAGCUGCAGCGCCGCGGCUACGGCCCGUACUUUUACCUGCCCAAGAUGGAGAGCCACCUCGAGGCGCGCCUCUGGAACGACGUCUUCAACCUGGCCCAGGACUACAUCGGCAUGCCGCGCGGCACCAUCCGCGGCACCGUGCUCAUCGAGACCAUCCUGGCCGCCUUUGAGAUGGACGAGAUCAUCUACGAGCUGCGCGACCACAGCUCCGGCCUCAACUGCGGCCGCUGGGACUACAUCUUCAGCACCAUCAAGAAGUUCCGCCAGAACCCCAACUUUGUCCUGCCCGACCGCUCGUGCGUCACCAUGACGGUGCCCUUCAUGGACGCCUACGUCAAGCUGCUCAUCCAGACCUGCCACAGGCGCGGCGUCCACGCCAUGGGCGGCAUGGCCGCCCAGAUCCCCAUCAAGGACGACAAGCAGGCCAACGACGCGGCCAUGGAAAACGUCCGCGCCGACAAGCUGCGCGAGGUCCGCGCCGGCCACGACGGCACCUGGGUCGCCCACCCGGCCCUGGCCUCCAUCGCCACCGACGUCUUCAACAAGCACAUGCCCACCCCGAACCAGCUGUUUGUGCGCCGCGAGGACGUCCACAUUGGCCAGAACGACCUCCUCAACAUGAACGUCCCCGGCAGCGUCACCGAGGACGGCAUCCGCAAGAACCUCAACAUUGGCCUGGGCUACAUGGAGGCCUGGAUCCGCGGCGUAGGCUGCGUGCCCAUCAACUACCUGAUGGAGGACGCCGCCACCGCCGAAGUCUCCCGCUCCCAGGUCUGGCAGUGGGUGAGGCACGGCGUCUCAACCGCCGAGGGCAAGCGCAUCGACAAGGCCUACGCCCUCAAGCUCCUCAAGGAGCAGGCCGACCAGCUGGCCUCCAAGGCCGGCAAGGGCAACAAGUACCACCUUGCCGCCCAGUACUUUGCCGGCCAAGUCACUGGCGAAGACUACGCCGACUUUUUGACAACGUUGCUCUACAAUGAGAUUACGCAGGUUGGCACCCCUAGCCCUGCUUCUAAGCUGUAA